GAACUGUCCUCUCCUCCCGCAGCGGCUGCGGACAGGAGACGACGACGCGCACAGAAAAACAACCGCUUCCCGCACCGCAGUCCCCCGCCCCCGCCGUGCCGUGCUCCCCCCUCUGCCAGCCUAUGCAGCGCCCGAGCGCUCGCCUUUUUGACCGCGUCCGCCUGCCGCCCUGUCCUGUACCCCUCCCUCCCUCCCCCCUCCUCCCCUUCACAGUGUCACACGCACUUCUCGUUCUCGCCGAUCCAGUGCCACUACACUACAAUACUACUGCGCGGUAGCGCUCGCACUCGCACCACACCACGCCACCGCUGCUGCCUGCUCCUCACAGUCCUCCCCGCGCUCGCAUUGCGAUUCGCGACCUAGCGCGAGGGUACGGGGGGUGGUGCGCGCGCGUGCUCGGUGAUCCGGGAAGCGCCGCGAGAUGGCCGGGGGCGGAGGCGGCGGUGCCGCGCCGAAGCACGACGACUUCACGCCGCACCCCGUCAAGGACCAGCUCCCUGGGGUCUCCUACUGCAUCACCAGCCCUCCCCCGUGGCCUGAAGCCGUUCUUCUUGGGUUCCAACAUUAUCUGGUCAUGCUUGGUACCACUGUGAUCAUACCAACUGCACUUGUUCCACAAAUGGGAGGAAACAAUGAGGACAAAGCAGUGGUUAUCCAGACAUUGCUGUUCGUUGCAGGUAUCAACACCCUCCUGCAGAGUUUCUUUGGUACCAUGUUGCCUGCAGUGAUCGGCGGGUCAUACACCUUUGUUCUGCCUACCAUUUCGAUCAUCCUUGCUGGACGUUAUGCUAAUGAACCUAAUCCACAUAUUAAAUUUCUCCGCAUCAUGCGUGGGACACAAGGUGCGUUGAUUGUGGCUUCAGCCUUACAGAUUAUAGUUGGCUUCAGUGGCCUUUGGCGUAAUGUUGCCAGGUAUCUGAGUCCACUUUCAGCUGCUCCUUUGGUGGCACUAGUUGGAUUUGGACUGUAUGAGCUAGGAUUUCCAUCGAUUGGUCUACCUCAACUCAUCCUUCUUGUGAUCUUUACAAUGUACCUGCCACAUGCUGUUCACAUGCUGAAGUCUAUCUUCGAUCGAUUUGCUGUCCUGUUCACUAUCCCCAUAGUGUGGCUCUAUGCAUAUCUUCUCACUGUUGGAGGAGCAUACAGGAAUGCACCACCAAAGACUCAAUUUCAUUGCCGCACUGACCGUUCUGGAUUAAUUGGUGGCGCACCCUGGAUAAGAGUACCAUAUCCUUUUCAGUGGGGUGCUCCAACUUUUGAUGCGGGUGAAGCUUUCGCGAUGAUGGCAGCAUCAUUUGUUGCUCUCGUGGAGUCCACUGGGGCCUUCAUUGCUGUCUCUAGGUAUGCUAGUGCUACACCAAUCCCACCCUCUGUUCUUAGCCGUGGUAUUGGCUGGCAGGGCAUCGGUAUUCUUCUGGAUGGGCUAUUUGGGACUGGAAAUGGGUCUUCUGUAUCAGUUGAAAAUGCUGGUUUGCUAGCUUUGACACGCGUUGGUAGCCGAAGGGUAGUGCAGAUAUCAGCUGGUUUCAUGAUAUUCUUUUCUAUUCUCGGGAAAUUCGGAGCUGUGUUCGCCUCAAUUCCUGCACCCAUCUUUGCAGCUAUGUAUUGUAUCUUCUUUGCUUAUGCCGGUUCUGCUGGGAUCGGCUUCCUUCAGUUCUGUAACCUCAACACCUUUAGGACCAAGUUCAUCCUUGGGUUCUCAGUUUUCAUGGGCCUUUCUGUUCCUCAAUACUUCAAUGAGUACACAUCUAUUGCUGGUUAUGGUCCUGUUCACACACAUUCAAGAUGGUUCAACGAUAUAGUGAAUGUGAUAUUCUCGUCCAAGGCGUUUGUUGCUGGCUUCGUGGCAUAUUUGCUGGACAACACUAUUGACAGGCAUGAAGCUUCAGUCAGGAGAGACCGAGGCUACCAUUGGUGGGACAAAUUCCGGUCGUACAGGACCGAUACAAGAAGCGAGGAGUUCUAUUCCCUGCCAUUCAAUCUGAAUAAGUUCUUCCCAUCGGUCUGAGCUUUUGCUGUGGUUAAUGUGAGAUGCUCUUGUUACUCUGGAACUGCCCACCCCCUGUUCUCCGGCGGUGGCACCGUGAUCUGGAUUUUCUCGGUACAUGAAAAAAUUACUGUAUAUUAAAACCCGCUCAGCUCGGGUUUCACCUCCUCCCCGUGCUUCACGGGAAUUUGGCGACACUCCUUCC